UUUAUACCUUCGGGUAUGUUCUUACCUCUGACUUCUUGCUUAUAACUUGGAAUGGCCAGAUGCUGCUGGCCACGAGGUUCUUGGCGUGAUGCCUGGUUGGAAUUCACUUGGUUUGUUGCAACAGUUCCCGAUCAAACAUGUUAAUUCUACAUACACAAGCAUUGUUAUUGAGUGCUGGGUCUUAUACAUGGAAGUAACACCUCUGACACACAAGUCAAAAAUCAUUGUUCUUGAUUAUCGAAGGCUGGGUCCAUGGAAAUAUCCUCUAUGGUGUUCCUUCCCUUGGACUUGUGUGCAAAAACUACUUAGUUUUGAUAGUUACUGUGAACUCGCAUUUGUGCAAGUUUUAACCAUUUAUCUUUUUAAACUUCUCCUCUAUAUCUAUAUAUAUAGGGGAGAAGUUCAAAAUGUUAAAACCAUCACAUAAAUCAAACUAAAGACGCGAUUCUAAAAUAAAUUUU